AUGGCAGCUCCUCGCCAAUGGGGCGUCACUCCGCCCGUCUCGACCGCCUUCCCUACCGACAAGGAGCUCGCUCAGAGUGAGGCUCUUCUCGCCGAGCUCAAGGAACAAAAGAGCUUCGAAGCCACAGAAGACACAAACAAGCGAGUCUCGGUCCUGGCCACCUUCCAAAAGGUCACGACCGAGUUUGUCAAGCAUGUCGGUAGAACGAAGGGUCUCUCCGACAGCGUCUUGCAGAAUGCUGGCGGCAAGGUCUUUACCUUUGGCAGUUAUCGCCUUGGUGUCUACAGNCCCAGGUCAUUCAUCCCAUCAUUUCCACUGCCUCAAUGCUUGCUGACACGUCUCUGCACAGGCUCUGAUAUUGACACACUUGUUGUCGCGCCCAAGCAUGUGUCCCGCGACGACUUCUUCGAGCACUUCCGUACCAUCCUCGAGUCCAUGUCUUCGCCGGGCGCCAUCGAAAAGUGCACCGCUGUGCCUGAAGCCCACGUCCCCAUUAUGAAACUCGUCUACCAAGGCAUUGAGAUCGAUCUGAUCUUCGCUCGUCUGCAGCUCAACUCAAUUCCACCGAACCUCGAUCUCGAAGACAACAGCCUGCUUCGCGGCCUGGACGAAGUCGACUUGCGCUCUGUUAACGGAACCAGAGUCACUGACGACGUCUUACGUCUGGUCCCACAGGAAAAGACAUUCCGUCAUGCUCUGCGUUGUAUCAAGCUUUGGGCCAGCCGUCGCGCCAUCUACGGCAACAUCAUUGGCUUCCCUGGAGGAAUUGCUUGGGCAAUCAUGGUCGCUCGCAUCGCCCAACUCUAUCCUCACGCUUGCGGCUCGCUGAUUGUUGCUCGCUUUUUCCAGCUAAUGAGAAAUUGGUCAUGGCCCAUGCCAGUCAUGCUCAAGACCAUUGAGUCUGGCCCUCUCGACCAUACCGCCAAAAUCUGGAACCCAAAGAUCUACCCUGGCGACAGCCGUCACAUUAUGCCUCUCAUCACUCCCGCUUAUNNCCCUUCCAUGUGUGCCACUCACAACAUCACAAAGUCUACUCUCGCUGUCAUCACUCGCGAGCUUGAACGUGGCCACGAAAUCUGCACAAACAUCCUCAAUGACAAGUCCAACAUGCAAUGGAAGCAUCUCUUCGAGGGCCACACCUUCUUCACAAAAGACUUCAAGUACUACCUCAGUGUUGUCUCGGGAAGCUUGAACGAAGAAGCUCAAGGUGAUUGGAAAGGUCUGGUCCAGUCAAAGGUCAGAAGACUCAUUGGUAGCAUCGAACAAUCUCAGCCGAACGUGGCAUAUGCCCGACCUUUCACCAAGGGCUACGAACGCGUCCAUCGUGUUAAGAAUGAUGAAGAGAAGGACCAAGUCAUGCAAGGCAGCACAAAAUAUCAAGUCUCCAAGACCGAAACCGUUGACGAAGUAGAGAACGUUAAGCAAUUGUCUGCUGAACAAACCUCUCUCGACAAUCUUGAUGAGCCUGCCACCAAGAUCGAAAAGCCAGAUGAGAAAGAGAAUGGCAUGACCACCAUCUGGACUACGACCUACUAUGUCGGAAUCGAAUUGGUUCCAGCUAACUUGUCAUANAGCUACGAUCUGCCUGAUGAUGUCUUCAAGGAAGGCGAGCAGCGCCCUGUCAAGACUAAGAAGAACAAGGCCGCCAAAGCCGCGAACGGCACCAAGAAACGUAACGCCGGCGAAGCAAACCUGGACGAAAACGGCGAUGCACAAAACGCAUCCAAGCGCAGAUCUACCAACAGCCAGGAUGCUACCAAUGGUGUCAAGCCUUGA